GCUUUAGUGCCUCUUCGCAACGCGGGACGCAGCCUAGUGGAAAAGUUCAACGUCACCGCCUGAUCGCCAUCGUCACCGCCGACACCACCGCCGCCACCGUCGUCAUCGCCGUCGACUCGGAAUAGCAAAAGAGAAAGAGCUGGUCUUCCUUCGGUUUCGCGCCGUACCGUGUCGUGUCAUUUGAUAGACAUCGCGUAGAAAUCGCGCGACGCGAAUUUUCUCGACUUCGUCUGCGAAAGGAUCGCGAGAGACGAGAGGAGGAAGAAACGCGUAGGUUCAAGACACACUCGGCUGCUUGUAAGCCGCGCGACAGUUCGCACGACAGCUUACUCGUCUACCUUCACUCUCUUUCCUCGUCUUCGUCGACCCGGCUCCUCUAAUCCGGCGCGAACAUGAAUGAGGAAUACGACGCGAUCGUGCUCGGCACCGGCCUCAAGGAGUGCAUCCUCUCGGGCAUGCUCUCCGUCAGCGGUAAACGAGUGCUGCACAUCGACCGCAACAAGUAUUACGGUGGCGAAUCAGCCUCCAUCACGCCCCUCGAGGACCUCUUCGGAAAAUUCAAGGCUCCGCCGCCGGACGAGAGUUAUGGCCGUGGCCGAGACUGGAAUGUCGACCUGAUUCCUAAGUUUUUGAUGGCAAAUGGUCUUCUUGUCAAGCUACUCAUUCACACGGGCGUAACGCGAUAUCUGGAAUUCAAGUCGGUGGAAGGCUCAUACGUAUACAAGUCAGGCAAAAUCUCCAAAGUGCCGAUUGAUCAGCAGGAGGCUCUAUCCAGCGACCUGAUGGGUCUGUUCGAGAAACGGCGGUUCCGCAACUUUCUCAUGUGGGUGCAGAAUAUGCAGGAGGACGAUCCGAAGACGUGGGACGGCUUCGAUCCCUUCAAGAAUAAUAUGAGUGCGCUCUACAACAAAUUCAGCCUCGACAAAAACACGCAGGACUUUACUGGACACGCAUUAGCGUUGUACAGGAAUGAUGAUUACAUAGACCAAACUGCGAUAAUUACCAUCAGGAGGAUCAAAUUAUAUAGCGACAGUUUAGCACGAUACGGAAAGUCACCGUAUCUUUAUCCGAUGUACGGUCUGGGCGAACUUCCUCAGGGAUUCGCGCGACUUAGCGCCAUUUACGGCGGCACGUAUAUGCUAGAUAAACCGAUUGAUGAAAUCGUCAUGAAGGAUGGCAAGGUGGUCGGCGUCCGUUCUGGUGAUGAGACAGCUCAAUGUAAACAAGUUUUUUGUGAUCCUACGUAUGUACCCGAUUGCGUGAAGAAGGUCGGUCAGGUGAUAAGAUGCAUAUGUCUUAUGGAUCAUCCGAUUCCAAACACGGCUGACGCGCUAUCUACGCAAAUCAUCAUUCCUCAGAAGCAGGUUGGUCGCAAUUCCGAUAUCUACGUGUCUCUUGUAUCGCAUACUCAUCAAGUAGCGGCGAAGGGCUGGUUUAUCGCUAUGGUCUCAACCACAGUGGAAACAAAAAAUCCAGAAGCUGAAAUUAAACCCGGUCUGGAUUUGCUCGGUCCGAUCAAACAGAAGUUUUUCAGCAUCUCCGAUUAUAUGGUGCCGGUAGAUGAGGGUCUCAACAGUCAGAUAUUCAUAUCUACCAGUUAUGACGCGACCACACACUUCGAGACAACCUGUUUAGAUGUACUCGAUAUAUUCAAGCGUGCUACCGGUGAAGAAUUUGACUUUAACAAAGUUAAGCAUGAGCUUGGCGACGAGGAUCAGUAACCGUAAUUACGAAGUGUGCCGUGCAUUUUACAUCACAUUACACCUCGGGAAAAUCGAAGCGCUCAGUGAAUUCGCAUAUUCGAGUAAACAAGAAAUCAUCACUCGAUGAUCGCCGACCGCAUCGACAUGCGACAGUUUCAAGGCAGAUGUCACGCUUGCGAAUAGACCUGUGCCUAAUUAUGUUAAAUAGGUUCUCUUUGAUAGAGGAUGAAAAACGAAGGUAAAGUUGACAAAAUUCUCUCUCUUUCUUUUUGUCUCCUACUUUGUCCUAAUCUCAUCUCCUGCUAUUCCUAUGAACUCUUCAAAGUCCUGUUUGAAAGCAACACAAAUUCUCUAUUACAUUUACAUGGAAGAACUCUUGGACUAUAUUUCUACGACUUCAAGUACCAGAUUAUAAGAUUAGAUCUCUUCUUGUAAAUUUAUAUUUCACAUGAAACUAAAUCCAAUCUGCCAAUAUAUAUGCGAAUAGAAGAUAAUAAAAAAAGACAAAGAUAAUCUCGAGUCGUCCGUGUCACAUUGUGUGUAUACAAUAUAUAUGUAUCAUAUUUUAAUUAUUGAAGUGAUAUUGAUUGGCAGAUUACAUUGUACAAAAAGGAAUCUAUAUAGAUAUAUCACUACAUAAGAAAUAUAAUAUACUGUUAAAUUGAUAAUUGAUUAAUAAUAACAAACAAUAUAAGUAUCAUAUCUGUCUAGGCUAGAAUUUCUAUAGAUAUAGACGAGACGUUUCUGGAAAAUUUCGGAAAUUGUGUGAAUCUGGGAAAGUUUAUGUUGUCUGAAUGUUAAUUAACUAUAGAUUAUGUCUAAGUUGCAUUUAUCGAACAAAGUGAUUGCGCAAUGCUUUAGUUUUAUAUGAAUUUUUGAGAAUCACGGACAUAGGUGUUCCAUCGAUGACUCUCCAUUACUUGUCGAUUGUUUAGUAAUUUUAGAAAUAAUAUGCCGAUAUAACGCAUUAUAUAUCGAUAUUCAAGCACGUAUAUGUAGUAUAACUAUAUUUCAUCUAUAUUUAUUUAUUCUUAUUGAAGAGUUCUCAUUUAGGAAACAAAUCGAUUAGAUAUCUUCAACGUGCAUUCGGAAAACAGAAUUAGGGAAAAGUCGCAUGUUCGUAUACACUUAAAACAAAAUCGAUGGAAAGUGAAAAAAAAAAUUGAUAUCGAAACGUUGGAACGAAGAGGAGAAUAUCCAAACUCUCCGGAGUUGCCAAGCAUUUCACAUUAUAUAUAGAUAUUAUUAUAAAUCUAUACAGUAUAUAUUAUAAAAAAAGAUAUGUAUACAUAUAUAUAUAAAUAUGAGAAGAAGGAAUCGUUGAAAUAUUGUUGUUUCGUGUGAGCUUGAGAUUCAGAUUAUUUCUUUUGCAUAAUAAAAAAAAAAUGCGGGCGUAUUUCGUUAUAUUAUGUCAUUAUCCGAUAAAAAGGAGAGCGUAAAUACAUGUGCUCGCCGAAUAAAUGAACAGCAAAUUAAUGGUGGACAAGUGUCGGAAGAAGAGAUAAAUCGGCUGUUUUUCUAGCUUUACCUUUCGCUUGCACUCUCGCAUCAGUUAUUACAAUGACACAUGCAAUUUCACACUAUGUACGAAAAUCUAGUGGGACGAAUAGAGAGGUGUAUUUAGAUAAUAUACAUUUCUCUCGAUCGCAACGGGUAUCUUUCACAAUUAUCCAUCAACUUGUAACACACAAGAACAGAAUAGAAUAAAUAAUAUUGUAUUAA